AUGUCCAAUACGCAAACAGCUGCUGCUGUGGCGUUGCCUUCCAAGGCAUCACACGCUACCAGUACUCUUACAAGUCCACAAACAACAAUAGAAUCUUCUUCAACAUCAUCAUCACAAAAACAAAUCGGAGAAGAACACCAUCACUUUAAAGAGGAAUUAUCAUCAACCAUGUUCAAACCACCUACAUCACCUGCUAAAGGUACUUCCCAUUUCACCCAAACUAGCACCACCACAAACCCUAAAAGUACCUCCUCCUCCGAUGAAUUUAAUUUAGAUGCCAGGUUGAGAGAGAGAUGUAAUAAUAAUUUAGAAAAAGUAAUGUUGUUCAUUGUUGCCAAUAGAAUCAACGUGAUGGUCGUCUUUUUAACUACCUAUAUUCUAGCAAUACUGUAUGGUCGAUUACAUAUUUCAUGGCAGGGAAAUUUGCUUAAUAUAAGUGUAAUGCUAUUACAAAUAUUAAUCAAUAGGAAAAACAUUAAUUCUGCAAUGUCGUAUGGAGAUUCUUUUGCCAGUAGUGACGGUUAUGAAAAGGUGAGAAUGAUCUUGUCCUUUACAAUAUUCACUGUUAGGUUUUUCCUUCAUCCAACUCACAAAAUUAUUUUCAUUCCUCUUACUUUUAUGUGGUUUACUGGCUCGAAUAAUGUUUACUUGAAAUCAACUUUUUGGGGAUUGUUUCCAACUUAUUAUAUGACUGCUCUGUUUGUUGGGAGUUUGGGAUACUUUGGUGUGAUUGAAUUUAUUAAUAAUGGAUUUUCGCCCGAGUUGGUAAACAUGUUAAUUGAAUACUUGGGAAUUACUUGUUGUGUUUGGAUAUUUUCAUAUUAUAUGGUAAAUGUGACUGGCUAUCUAAAAUAUAAGGUGGAUAAAUUACAGGAAACUAGGCUGGCACUGGAACAUGCCUUAGAGGCAAGAAGUCGUUUCAUGGCCCACAUUUCACACGAGUUCAGAUGUCCUAUCAUGUCCAGUAUUGGAUGUUUAGAAUUGUUGAAAGAAACACCACUGAAUGAAAAGCAGAAUGACUUAGUCGAUACCAUUGUUUCAUCAAAUAGUGUCUUGUUACUUUUAAUAGAAGAUAUUUUACAAAUUGUAAAAAUUGAGCAUGAAAUUGCUGAGGUGCCAAAUUCUCAAAAUGUGAGAAGUUUUAAUCUCUAUGAGUCACUCUUAUCAAUGAGAGGAAUAAUUUCUGGAUAUGCAUCAAUUUUCAAAGUCAAGUUAACAUUUCAACUUGACGAACAAAUUAAGAAUAAGCUUGUAUUGUCAAACGCUUCAAAGCUUCAUCAAAUACUUUCGAAUCUCCUCACAAAUGCAGUGAAAGCAUCAAAACCGGAUGGAGAGGUGGUAUUGUCAUGUCAAGUUAUUAACAGAAAGGAUGACAAUCUAUUAGUGAGAUUUAACUGUAUUGAUCAUGGAAAUGGUAUUCCACCACACUUAAUUGAAUCAAUAUUUGAACCAUUUGUUCAACUUCAAAAUAACCUUCAAUCAAAAGUACCAAGUUCUGGAUUGGGUUUAACAACCGUUUCUCAUCUUGUCAAAUCUAUGGAAGGAAGGAUUGACGUCUUUUCUGAAGUUGGAAAGGGUAGUAAUUUCGUAAUUGAUUUACCGUUUAAAUUGUCAGAUAAUCAACUGAUCAAUGAAGUUGACUCAAUUAUGGAAGCAGAAAAUAAGAGAAUUGAAAUGCAUCUCAAUGUUCACCAAAAUUAUCUUUCCUUAAUGUCAAAUCUUGAACAACGAGAAAAGACAGUUGAAGAGUCUCAAUUCAGUUCAGAGAUUAUUAUUGCAGAGGAUAAUCCAAUUAAUAGAAAGGUUAUUGUAAAAAUGAUUAAUGGUCUAGGAUACAAAACUGAUUUCGUUGCAGAUGGAGCUGAAUUGGUUAAGAGUUUUAACCCUAAAACGCACAAAGUAGUAAUAACAGAUAUGAAUAUGCCAAAUAUGAAUGGGUUGGAAGCUGCAAAAGAGCUACGACAAAAAUAUGGUUCAGACUUUAGUAUUUAUCUUCUUACAGGAAAUGUAACUAUUUCCUUAUCAAAAAUUGAUGAUAUUGGUUUAAUUGAUGGUAUUCUAACCAAGCCAUGUUCUAAAAGAGAUUUGGAAAAAUAUAUUUCAUUAAGGUGUACUAAAUAA